AUGAGCACUGAUAUCGAGCGCGAGCUCAAGCGCGAGGAAACCGAGCUCGCAAGAGUAAGUAUGUCGCCGGCCGCCACUAACCGUCAGGACAAGGAAAUAGACCGCAUUUUGCGCCAGUGCAAGCUGGAUCACUACUCCGUGCUAGGGGUGCAGCCGGGCAUCUCCGUCGCUGAUGUCUCCAAGCUGUACCGCAAAAAGUCGCUGUUGAUCCACCCGGACAAGACGAGCCAUCCGCGCGCCGUGGAGGCGUUUGAUCUGCUCAAAAAGGCGUCGAAUGCGCUUCAGGACGACAAGGAGCGCAAACGGCUGGAUCAGAUGUGGACCGACGCGCGCAAGGUGCUGAUCAAAGAGAACGGCUGGAGCGUUGAUGACGAGCGGCUGACGACAGCCGAGUUCUUGGAGUCGUGGAGAGCGAAGGUGCGCGAGUUGCUGAUUGAGGAGGAGUUCAUACGGCGAGUGGAGCUGAAAAAGCAGCAGAACGAGGAAUUGAAGAAGCGGAAGGAAAAAGACGCCGAACUGGAGCAGCGCAAGGAGGAGAAGCGGCUUCGGGACACUUUGCUCAGCACGGCUGGCAGUUCAGAGACCCCGUCUUCAGCAGAGGGCCUGAGCGACGACGAGGACCAGGACGGCGUGGCCAUAGAUUCGCGGCCGCUGAACGAGAUCCCCGGCGAGUGUCGCAUGGCCCUGGUGAUCCGGGCCGAUCUGGGCAUGCAGAAGGGCAAAAUUGCUGCUCAGUGCGCGCAUGCUGCCGUUGCCUGCUACCGACUGAUGUCCGAGCCGGGCUCGGAGGCGCAGAACCUGCCGCUUCUGCAGCGCUGGAACAACCGCGGCCAGGCGAAAAUCACGCUCAAAUGCUCCGGCAUGGACGAGAUGGACACUCUUUUCGCCAAGGCCAUGAGUCUGAACGUGAAUGCGUACAUUGUUCACGACGCCGGUCGGACGCAAGUCGAGGCCGGCUCCGCAACCGUGUUAGGGCUGGGACCGGCGCCGAAGCCCGUGCUGGACCUCAUCACAGGCGACUUAAAGCUAUAUUAG